GGAACAGGCGCGGCUGGGAACCCGCGGGAUAGGGCUGCAGCCUCCCGGGAGCGCGCAGAACCCUCGGUGACAGACAUCUUCUCAGGAAGAGCGACAUAGAGAGAAAAAUGGCCAAGAGGUUGCUGCCAGCCCAGGUUCCGGAGCCUGUGACCUUCCGGGAUGUGGCCGUGUUCUUCAGCCAGGAUGAGUGGUUGCACCUGGACCCUGUGCAGAGAAGCCUGUACCAGGAGGUGAUGCUGGAGAACUACAGCAACCUGGCCUCGCUGGGGAUUCUGUUCUCCAAGCCAAAGGUUAUCUCUCAGUUAGAGCAAGCAGAAGACUUCCAUGCUGUGGAAAGUGGAAUGCUUCAAGGUGUAUGCCUAGGAUGGAAGAGCUUGUUCGAACCCAGAGUUUCCAAAGAAGAAAACAAGGAAGUCUUGAAAAAGCAGAAAGUUGAUGAUUUUUUUGACCUCAUAUUGGGAAAAACGUAUGUGGAUGAGGAACAGCUGGAAGAGCAACAAGGCAAAAAGGACAAACUUUUCAGCGAAAUGAUGCUUUCCCUUAGAAAAGACUGUAUACAAGAGAGGGGCUUUACAGGUAUUAAACUCCUGGGAAAUUCUGGUAUAAAGUCUCCAUUUCCCAGGAAACCUGGAGUUGUGUCCAGAGGAAGAAAGCCCCACUCACAGCAGUACUCAGGGGCCAACACAAUGCACAAGUUUUAUAAAUGCAACACCUGCGGGAGAGCCUUUCUCCACAGUUCUUCCCUGAGCAAACAUCAGAGGAGUCACACUGGAGAGAAGCUCUACAAAUGUAAGGAAUGCUGGAAAGCUUUCAGCCAAAGCUCCUCCCUAACGCAGCACCUGAGAGUCCACACUGGAGAAAAACCGUACAUGUGUAGUGAAUGUGGAAAGGCUUUCAGCUUCACCACCUCUCUCCUUGGGCAUCAGAGGAUGCACACUGGAGACAGACCCUAUGAAUGUAAGGAAUGUGGCAAAACCUUCAAAGGCAGCUCAUCCCUUCAGAAGCAUCAACGGAUCCACACCGGAGAAAAGCCUUAUAAGUGUAAUGAGUGUGGGAGGGCCUUCAGUCAGUGCUCAUCUCUCAUUCAGCAUCACAGAAUUCACACUGGGGAGAAACCAUAUGAAUGUAGCCAGUGUGGGAAAGCCUUUACAUCAACAUCACGGCUAAGUAGACACCAACGUAUUCAUACCGGUGAGAAGCCCUUUCUUUGUAAUAUGUGUGGCAAGGUGUUCAGUUACCACUCGGCCUUGAUUAUACACCAGAGAAUUCAUACCGGAGAGAAACCAUAUGCAUGCAAGGAAUGUGGAAAAGCCUUCAGCCAAAGCACAGCACUUAUCCAUCAUCAAAGAAUCCACACUGGAGAAAAGCCGUACAAGUGUGAUGAAUGUGGAAAGGCCUUUUCCUGGAUCUCAGGACUUAACAUCCAUCACAGAAGCCACACAGGAGAGAAACCUUAUCACUGUAAGGAAUGUGGGAAAGCUUUCAGCUCCCACUCAGCAGUCAAUACCCAUAGAAAAAUCCAUACUGGCAAGAAACCUUAUAAAUGCAAUGACUGUGAAAAGGCCUUCAACCUAAGCUCAGCCCUCAUUCAGCACCAGAGAAUUCAUACUGGAGAAAAACCAUUUAACUGUAAAGUAUGUGGGAAAGCCUUCAGACAGAGUUCAUCGCUUACGAUACAUAUGAGAAUUCACACAGGAGAAAAGCCUUAUAAAUGCAAAGCAUGUGGGAAAGCUUUCAGUCAAAGCUCAUCUCUUGCCAACCACCAGAAGACUCAUUACUGAGAAAAAAACAAAAUGCAUGUGGUAAAUCUGCCUUGAGACAUUCAUCCCAUACUGAAUGCAACAGAAUUCAUCCUGGGGAUAAAGUGAUGAGUGGUAGUUAGUUGGGGGUCAGCAAAUAUCAGGCAUCUGUGAUGGAGUAUAAACAUGUGAAUAUUUGGGAAACUUAGAACCUUUUCCACAUGUUCUGAAGUUUUACUGAUGACAGAGUUGACACUAAGAUUGAAGAAUUAACAUUUGCUUUCUAGUAAUGCAGACUUAACAGCCACCAGCUUUUGUGCCACCACUGGGGACCUGCUGAUUUAGGUAAAAGUGCGGCCAUAGCUCACCAGACUUCAAAUGAAGUCUAGGAUCUAUGUUGGACAUUGCCAUUAAAUGUUAAUGCAAAAUGGCUGGAUUAGAAGGAAUGAGAAAAGAAAUCUACAUAUGUAACUUUAGCUGCCUCCUGGUCACUAAGGUUUGUUUUUUAACACUGUAAACAAAUUCUUGUUUACAACAUUUGGUUCAUUUUUUCCUUUCUCUAAGUGACCUGAGAAGAAAGCCACUCUGUGAGCUAUGCAGGCGUAUUGUCCUUUCACAUUUACCACCUCUGAUUCAGACCUGGAGGCACUUUCAGUCACAAAAGGCAUGGUGUCUCCACUACUUUUUCUCAGAAAGUAAUUUCCUUUGCUGUAUUUUAUU